AUGAAGAAAGUGGUGGAUGGUACGGGGACAAAGAGGCUUACGCAAUUGCUUCGGCAGGUGUUAUUCAAACGCAAACCAGUUCAAUACCUCCCACAAACUGUCAUUGAAGAUGAUAGUUCGGAGGUCUGGGUUAUCCCAGAGACCAAUGAGGUUUUUACUAGCUACGAGCCUUACCUCCAGCGAAUGGACUUCUACAAACAACGUCGAUUCAUCUGCGAGAUCACCGGCCAUUCGGGAUUGACCUUUUUCGAGGCGCUCCGCAGUGAGACGGAGGAAUCGCGUGAAGUCAACAACAGUUUCCCUGAUGCGUUGAGAGAACCUAUUCUGCGCCGAAUUCAGUUCUCUACAGUCUCGAGGGUGGAUAGCCUGGUGGAUGAAAUCUAUGAAGAAUUUAAAUCGGACUUCUACCCAGGCGAAGCCGUCCUCAUUUUGCUUGAGGAUAGCAGCCGGCUUCAUGGUACCAUUAGAGACAAGGCAAACUUUGCAGAGCAGUUAUAUGCCGAUGGAACCAUUAAAACCCCUGCUUUUGCCAGGUAUCUGGUCAAGAUCUUAGAUCGACAAAAUGAAGAGGCCCUGCUGGACCAGGACCACAUUACGCGCGACCGAAAGGCAUUCACUAAAUUGAUGCUGCGCGGAUUUAUCAAAAACAACGUCACCAGAGAGUCCUGGACAGGUGCCCCCUGGUUGGUCAAACCAUCUGUCGCAGAGACAUACAAGAUUCCGAUUGAGGUACCUAAACAUUUGCAGUAUGGAGCGAAGGUGGCAGAGAAAAAGGCGAUGAAGAAAGCGGAUCAAGACGGCUUCUUUGGUUUCUUUUCUUCACAGCAGCUGCCCGAGCUGAAACCCGCAGUCAAGGGGCAGAAGUCGAAACUGUCUGCACAGGACAUGGCAAAAUCGCGGGAGGCGCAGUAUCAGGAGUAUCAGCGGUCGCUGAAUGGGAACCCAUCAUUCCUUCUACCUUCCAAUCCCUUGCGCCCUUCCAAACCGCCACUGGUUGGCGAUAGGAAGCUUGCUGGACUCCCUGCAGUGGUCAUCAAGAACGAGCCAAGGGCACCAACUCCGCCACCGAUCAAGUACCCUAUCGAAGAUCUGGACCUUGCUCCAAAUUUAGAACAGCAACACCGGCCAACCCUGAAAUUUAUGAUGGUAGGCGAGUCUGAAGACGACGGCGCGGAGGACCUUCUGCCUGAUGACCUAGAGCCGGAAACGGUGGGGCUGCUUCUGGAGACCUGGGACACACUUAAUGUCUAUUGCGAAGUAUUUGAACUGGAUUCUUUCACCUUUGACGAUUUUAUUCAAGCUAUGCGGUUCUCAUCAGAUGAAGUGGACUGCGAGCUUUUUGUCGAAGUGCAUUGUGCCGUACUUAAGAAACUUGUCAAUUCAUCGAACGAUGAUGGAGCUGUUCAAAUCUCACUCCCAGAUUUCCCCGCUGAUGAUUCUGAUGAAUCCGAAGAGGAGGAAGAAGAAGAAGAAGGAGAAGAAGAAGAGGGAGAAGAAGGUGAAGAAGAACCCGAGGAAGAGUCCUCAGAGCCGCAGGCGAAGCCUGAGCGAAUGACCACGAGAGGAAGCCUGGCCAAGGAGGAGGCAGUCAUCAUCAGAGCGCAGAUUAAUGAAAAUGAACCCGAGGUGACGAAGAUCCACCGCGCCGGCGAAAUGUUUGAAAAUUAUGGUUGGAUUGAUCGUCUCCGCAAGCGCGAUUUCCGCAACGGUGGAUGGCAGUCGGUGAUAGUUGGACUUUUGCACCAGCUGUCUAUCCGUCCUCGCUCGGAACAGGUCUGCAACACCAUUCUUAAGCAUUUGGCACCCCUCGAUCGCGAGCCCACACAGCACACCGUGCAGGAGCAGUACCAAACACUCGACAUCAAUUUGCGUACCAAGGUGCUCCAGAUGAUUUGCAUGUUGAGUCUGGAGACCAAGGCUAUCCGAAACUAUCUAGAGGAGUGUAGCAAUCAGAUGACGGAGUUGCGCAAGGAGAAAAUUGAGUACCAAAAAGCGCGCAAAGCAGGACUCAUCGAGCUUCGUCAGCUGCACCAGGAACGCAAGGCCGUUCAACCCGAACCUGAAAAGGCUGGGAAGUCACCAACACCGGUGCCCGAAUUGGACGGCUUAGAUGAUUCUCGACUGACUGGCCUGGAAGGGGACUCUGAAAUGGUCGGGGAUACAGAAGACGAGGAUAUCCCUCGACCACGUUCAUUACGCGGAGGGGUUGAUCGGGCCCUGGAGCGUAAACGGAAGCAAGAAUUAGAAAAGGAGCGAAAGGAAACAUUGGCGAAGCAGCCCAAGGGCUCCAAGCAAUACCAGCGAGUCCUGAAGAAGAUCGACGAGCAGAAGGCCAAGAUCGAGAAGCUCCAGGACCAGAUCGAGACUGUGGAGAACAGUCUUCGCGAAACCGACUGCCCCCGGACCCGAUGCCUUGGACUGGAUCGCUUCUGCAAUCGCUACUGGUGGUUUGAACGUAAUGCGAUGCCAUACGAGGGUAAGCCGGAAAGCUCGACGGCCGAGGCAUGCUAUGCCAAUGGCCGUUUAUGGGUUCAAGGUCCGGAUGAAAUGGAGUACGCUGGCUUCAUCGACGUGACCGACGAACAGCGCAAGCAGUACCAGAAGCAUUUCCAAACCACACCCGCAGAGCGCAAGAAGAACGAAGAAGGAUCAACCCAUCUGUCGAAUGCCCGUGAAUGGGGCUACUACGAAGACCCCGAGGCAAUUGAACAGCUCGCGGAGUGGCUGGACUCGCGCGGCAACCGAGAGUCCAAGUUGCUCAAGGAGCUGCUCAUCCAGCAAGAGUACAUCGCCAAGUACAUGAAGAAUCGCAAGGCGUACCUAGCCGAGACGCCUGAUAGAGCCGAGUCGGAGGACAUUCCAGCCAAACGUGUGACCACCCGGACCAAGACCUAUGUGGAAGUGAACGAGAAUAGCCCCCGCUGCCUGCGCUGGAGAAACACGACGGCGUUGUCCGCGCAUGGACAUCUUCAUGUUGACCCUGGGCGGCCGGCGAAGCGCAAGCGGGUUUCGGAUGACACUAAAGUGACUAAGGCAGCUAAGCAGGCUAAGCAAGCUAAGCCUUUGACUCGAACACGCGCUCAGCGCAGGGGGUGA